AUGAUACGACACACAUUUAUACUAGGGAUCAUACUAGCAGUAUACUACUAUUAUUCUGUAGAGUACUUUGAGAAUAGAUCUAAAUCUCAACUCCUACAAUCAAUUGAAUUUCCAUCAUAUAACCCACUUGAGAAACAUGCACCCAAACUAGCCAGUAACUCCUAUUUGGAUGUAAAGUAUCCCAAAGGUGCACGACAACAAAUAGGCAAAGAAAAUGCCACACUUGUUAUGUUAUGUCGUAAUUCAGAACUUGAAGGUGCUCUCAAGUCAAUGAGAUCGCUUGAAGACAGGUUCAAUAGACAUUACAAAUAUCCAUGGGUGUUUUUAAACGAGGUCCCGUUUAGCGAUGAAUUUAUUGAAAAGACAACAUUGAUGGCCAGUGGUAAAGUUUAUCAUGAAUUGAUCCCUGAAGAAGAUUGGGAAGCUCCUAAGUUUAUCAAUGAAACUAAACUACAAGAAAGUUUGGACCUGUCGCAUCAUAUAAUAUAUGGAAGCUAUCGGUCAUAUAGAAACAUGUGCCAUUUCAAUUCGGGUUACUUUUAUCGUCAGAAAAGAUUAUUAGAUUAUGAAUGGUAUUUCAGAGUUGAACCAGAUGUAGAAUACAUGUGUGAUUUCCAAUAUGAUCCAUUUGAAUUGCUUCGAACUACUAAUAAAAUGUAUGGGUUCAUUGUAACUUUCCUUGAAUAUGAAAACACAAUUCCUACUCUUUGGCCAACCGUGGAGUCAUUUAUGAAAGAAAAUCCCGACUUAAUUCAUCCAAAUAACUCCCUUGAUUUUAUUACAACUCAUGAGAAUUCUUUAAACAGUUAUAUUGACUUGAUUCCAUCAAGUUCAGACUAUAAUCUUUGUCACUUUUGGUCAAAUUUUGAAAUAGCCAAUCUUAAUUUCUUUCGUAGUGAAGCGUAUGGGAGAUAUUUCGAUUAUUUAGAUAAAUCCGGGGGCUUUUACUAUGAGAGAUGGGGAGAUGCUCCUGUUCACACAAUCGGUUUAAGUAUUCUUCUAGACAAGAACCAAAUCCAUCAUUUCGAAGAUAUUGGGUAUUAUCAUGCUCCUUAUUUAUCCUGCCCUGGUUCUGGUGAAGUUCGCGCUUCAAAAAGAUGCAUUUGCGAACCAAGAACAUCCGAGAAGAUUAAAAAACCUAUUGAUGUGGAUGUUUAUAGCUGUCUUCCAAGAUGGUGGAAGUACGGAGGUGGUAAGAGGUUCCUUAACGAAAUAGACUAUAUUAGAUAGUACAAUAUACUAACAAAAAUAAAUGUGCACUAGUACAAAAAAAAAAAUCAGUUUCAUAAUGACCAGUGCUGCCCAUCGCGCAU